CAUGACUCUAACCGGCUAUAAACUUUUGACCUCGACUUCAAGAAACCAAUUUUUAUUCUCAUAGAUACUCUUUCAAUUGGCGCAGAAGCCUUCUUUUGUGUCAAAGAUUAGAAAUAGAGGCUACAGAGAAGAAGAAAUGACUGCGAAUACAGUCUACGUUCUCGAUCUCGAGAGCGGGAACCUGAGGUCUCUGCAAAAUGCGCUUGCAAAGUUGGGUUACGACGUGAAAUGGAUCAAGACUCCGGAGGACGGCCUCGACGAGGCACAGAUUCUACUCUUUCCCGGCGUGGGAAACUUCGGGCACACGGUGGCUAAUCUUCGACGGAGAGGGUUCGUCGAGCCGCUAAAGGCAUAUAUCGCCUCCGGACGCCGGAUCAUGGGUAUCUGCGUUGGCCUGCAGGCGCUGUUUACAGGUUCGACCGAGUCUCCGGGGGUUGAGGGCCUCGGAAUUAUUCCCGCCCAACUCGAGAAAUUCGACGACUCCAACAAGUCGGUCCCUCAUAUCGGCUGGAACAGCGCCGCCGUCAUUGACGAGGAUAAGCAAGGGUUGUACGGAUUGCGUCCGGAUAGCAAAUACUACUAUGUGCACUCUUACCGAGCGAGUGUUGCUGCGGUCGUUGCGGCGGGGUGGACGGUCGCUACUGGAAACUACAACGGCGAGGAGUUUGUCGGCGCGGUGUGCAAAGACAACGUGUUUGCGACCCAGUUCCACCCGGAGAAGAGCGGUGUUGCGGGACUGAAAGUCCUCCGCGCCUUUCUGGAAGGCGAGGUUAUUUCGAAAUCGGCCGUCGAGGCGGCGGUGGGCGCGGUCGUCAAGCCCGGAUUGACGAAACGAGUUAUCGCGUGCCUGGACGUGCGGACAAAUGACGAUGGCGAUCUUGUGGUCACAAAGGGAGACCAGUACGACGUUCGCGAGAAGAGCGCGACGGCGAGCACGGGUGGACAAGUGAGAAACCUCGGGAAGCCGGUCGAGAUGGCCGAGCGGUAUUAUCUCGAAGGAGCGGACGAGGUCACGUUCCUCAACAUCACCUCGUUUAGAAACUGUCCGCUGGUUGACACCCCCAUGCUUGAGAUUCUGCGGAAAACAAGCGAGACUGUGUUUGUGCCGCUCACGAUCGGCGGUGGUAUUAGAGACAUCGUGGAUCCGGACGGGACCAAAAUCAGCGCGCUUGACGUCGCGUCGACGUACUUCCGCUCGGGAGCCGACAAGGUCUCGAUCGGCAGCGACGCCGUGUUUGCGGCCGAAGAAUUCUACGCCAACGGCGAAAAGCUGACGGGCAAGACCGCGAUGGAGACUAUUUCCAGGGCUUACGGUGCUCAAGCGGUCGUCAUCUCGGUGGACCCUAAGCGGGUGUACGUCGACUCGCCUGAUGCCACGACGCACCAUGUGAUCAAGACAGCGACUCCCGGUCCGAACGGUGAGGUCUACGCGUGGUAUCAGUGCACGGUCAAAGGUGGACGGGAAACCCGAGACAUGGACGUGAUCCAGCUCGUGACGGCGAUGGAGAAGAUGGGCGCGGGCGAGAUCUUGCUCAACUGCAUCAACAAGGACGGAACGAACUCUGGUUUCGACCUCGAGCUGAUCCAGGACGUCAAGGACGCGGUCUCGAUCCCGGUGAUUGCCUCGUCUGGUGCGGGAAAGCCGGACCACUUCCUGGAGGUGUUUGAGAAGACGACGACGGAUGCCGCGUUGGGCGCGGGCAUGUUCCAUCGCGGGGAGUAUAAGGUGUCGGAUGUAAAGCAGUAUUUGAGCGAGCACGGGCUUUUGGUUAGAAACGAGCUGGAGUUUUCGCUAUAGUGCAGUUGUUAUCUACUGUUUAUAUUCAAGAGUGUUUUAUAAUACAUAAUGAACCGCUAAUACCGUAUAUCUUCGCAUUGUAACAAGGAAGAGGGACCUG